CCUACAUGCCAAGUGCUUAGCAGAUCGAAGGAAGGAACAAAGACCAAGCUUUCCUAUGUACAUCGCAGGAUCAAUCGUUUGAUUGGCCGGCUCGAAAACGCUGGCUAUUGCAGCCCCUUGAUGCCAGGCAACAGUUUAAGAGACUGGGGAUUGUUGUUGCCUUGUGUUGUGAAUGGCUCCGAGCCUGACAUGGAAUCUUAAAUUCUGAUCAGAAAAGCUUGCCAAUGGUCUUUCGAAUGCUCCCGAGCAACCUGACAUGCGCUGCCAUCAGGAAUUGACACAAACGCUCGAAGGUUCUCAGAUCAUCACCGAAAUCACCCAUUGACUCUCUGGACAACGAUUAUCUUUUCGAGUCGAGGAAUACAGAGGAAACUUUCGACAACAGCUCUAUAUCACCCAGACUGUUAUUCAGACUCAAUUUCAAGCUUGGAAGCUGCAGAUUCAGCAUGGGUAAAGGCUUGGUGAAGACCAACGAGAAAGAGAAACGUCAAGAUGCAAAACAGCCAGGUCGCACACCAAAGAUCUCCGAUUACUUCAGGGUCUUCUCUUACGCGACGAAAUUGGAUUUCUGUGUUUAUGCAAUUGCCUCUCUUGCAUCCAUCGGAGCUGGCGUGACACUACCUCUCAUGAAUGUCGUCUUUGGACAGCUCACUGGACAAUUCACAAAUUACUACGCUGAAUCAUCCGCCAUGUCUCGUGAUGACUUUGACCGUAUACUGAAUCGCCAGGCAUUGUACAUCAUGGCUCUUUUUCUCGGCCGCUGGAUUCUAAACACCGUCAACAAAUAUUGCUUCAGGAUGAUUGGCAUCCGUCUGUCAUCAGCCAUACGACUCCGUUACUUGCAAGCACUAUUCGCACAAUCGAUUCAUGUCAUUGACUCCAUGCCCCCUGGAGCACCCGCCACUGCCAUAACCGCAACAACGAACACACUGCAGCUUGGUAUCUCUGAACGUCUGGGUACCAUGCUGGUGUACUUGACGACGAUCAUGUCCGCGAUUAUCAUCGCUUUCGUCUGGAGUUGGGAUCUAGCCUUGGUAACAUCUUCAUUGAUCUUAUACACUUUGGUCGUGGUUUCGGUCAUCUUGCCAUUCAUCGUGAAGAGUCAGACGGCGACUCUUAAAGCUGAAGCAGAAGGGACCUCCAUCGCGAGUGAGGCUCUUGGAGGCAUUCGCUUAGUGUUGGCUUGUGGUGGUCAAAGCCAUAUCUUGUCUCGUUAUGAAACUUGGGUGCAAGAGGCUCAUAAGCAAGCACAGAAAACCGCACCGCUCAUUGGUGCGCAACUUGGUCUAGUAUACUUCGGAAUUUUCGGCGCCUUUGGACUCAGUUUCUGGUACGGAAGCCAGAAGUACAUUGCUAAUAGUAUCGAGAACUCUGGUGUGGUCAUCAUUGUGCUAAUGUCAGUCAUGAUGAUAAUCACUUCUCUAGGGUUCAUAUCGACGCCACUCAUAGCCAUCAGCAAAGCCAUGGUUGCUGCUUGUGAACUACUCACGGUCAUUGAUGCGCCGCUGCCUCCCUCGGGCUCUCUCCAACCAGACAUCAGUUCUGAGGAUGUGAUAUUCGAUAAUGUCAACUUUGAAUAUCCUAGCCGUCCUGGCGUUAAGGUCCUGAACGCGCUCAAUCUUCGACUGAAGUCAGGUCAAAACACCGCUCUCGUGGGUUCUUCCGGCUCGGGAAAAAGUACAAUCGUUGGACUGCUCGAGCGCUGGUAUUCUCUGAGAGAUCAACACAUGCUGGAGCAAGUAGUCGUUGCCAAAACGCCCGGAGACUCCAAAGACACAGCGAGCGAAGCGCUUGACGAGCAGCCAGAUGCACCUGUAAAACCAACCUUGUCUGGCUCUAUCACUAUUGCAGGAAAUAACCUCGAAGAUCUUGACCUCAAAUGGUGGCGGGCUCAAAUUGGAAUAGUUCAGCAGGAGCCAUUCCUUUUCAACGAUACAAUCUUUGGCAACGUUGCAAAUGGUCUGAUCGGAACCAAGUGGGAAGACGAGUCUGAAGCACAAAAACUUGAACUGGUCCGCGAGGCUUGUCACGAAGCUUACGCUCAUGAUUUCAUCGAUCGACUUCCGGAUGGUUACAACACGAAAGUCGGCGACGGUGGUGUCAAGUUGUCAGGUGGUCAAAAACAGCGUAUCGCCAUUGCACGAAGCAUAGUGAAGAAGCCCCGGAUCAUUAUCUUCGACGAAGCCACCAGUGCCGUUGAUGCCAAGAGCGAGAAGAUAAUCCAGCUUGCCCUCGACAGAAUCGCAUCAAGUCGCACGACCAUCACUAUCGCUCAUCGGCUCUCGACUAUCCGGAAAGCCGACCACAUAGUCGUCCUAAAACAGGGACAAGUGAUCGAGCAAGGCACACACGAAAGUCUUACCAAGGAUACGUCAAGCGCUUACAGUGCCUUGAUCCGAGCUCAGUCACUGCACACAACUGCUGCUGAAACACGCGAGCCAGAUACAUCAUUCUUGAAGGCAGACGCAGCGACCGAAAAGGCAGGAGGACAUAGUAUACAGACUACGACUCUGGAUCACCUUAACACGUUGAAGAAGAAUCCAGUCUUUGAGUCCCAAAGCCUAUUUCACAGUUUCAAGGAGCUUCUGCUCAACCAGCGAACACAUUGGCUUGCUCUUUUGGGAAUCAUUCUGUCUGCUAUGGCAGUCGCAGCCGCCACACCGAUCCAAGCCUGGCUCUUUGCAAAAGUUCUUGGUGUCUUUCUGCUAAGUGGCGACGAUGCUAAGAGAAGAGCUGACUUUUGGGGUUUGAUGUGGUUGGUUCUAGCCGCAGGCUCCGGUAUUGCGAACCUCUUCGAAGGAUGGAUCGGUCUGCGUGUCCAGGCUUCUGUUAGUGCGGUGUACAAGAAACAGUACUUCACGGAUAUGCUUUACCAAAGACUAAGCUUUUUUGACAAGGACACUAACUCGCACGGCACACUGAGCUCGCGUAUUGCAAGCGAUGCGAAGUUGUUAGAGGAAGUGUUCGGCCUCAAUCUUGCAGCUGCCUUGUCUGGAGCGUUCAAUGUUGUGGGUUGCAUUAUCAUCUCCCUCGUAUUUGCGUGGAAGCUUGGCCUGGUAGCUUUGUUCGUCACAAUGCCGAUAAUGCUCGGAAGUGGAUUCUGGAAAUACCGACAUGAAGUACGAUUUGAUCAGAUGAACUCAAAGGUCUUCGAAGACAGCUCGCAGUUCGCUACAGAAGCAAUAGGAGCCAUCAGAACGGUCUCUGCGUUGACCAUGGAGAACACCAUUACCGGGCGUUAUUCGAGACUUCUAGAUGGUCAUGUUCAAGCAGCACAUCGCAAGGCUUUGUGGACAUCUGGUCUUUACGGCUUCGUCGACAGUGCUGGUCUUGGUUGCCAGGCUCUUAUAUUCUGGUAUGGUGGCAGACUGCUUGCUAGCGGUGAGUACGGCUUUGAAGCCUUCUUUGUCUGCUACAUGGCUAUGAUACAGGGCGCAGAGGCAGCAAGCCAAGUCCUUAGCGUUGCUCCUAAUACUGCUCAAGCGACUGCUGCUGCAAACCGCAUCUUUGAGAUACAAAGCUCUGCCGAUCAAGAACGUGCUGGAUCAAGCGACAAGAAGAGCAUUCCUGAUACAGAUGGUCGGGUGCGUGUAGAGCUUCGAGAUGUGUUCUUCAAAUACCCUACGCGCGAUGUACAAGUGUUUGAAGAUUUGAACAUCAGUAUCGAGAAGGGUCAGUAUGCAGCGUUUGUCGGACCAUCCGGCUGCGGCAAGACAACCAUCAUCUCUCUCUUGGAAAGAUUCUACGAUUUGGGUCAAGAACAAGGCGCUAUACUUUGCAACGGUGUCAACAUCAAUGACAUGAACGUCUAUGACUACCGUCGGAAUCUAUCUCUUGUAGCGCAAGAACCUACCAUGUUCAGAGGCACUGUUCGCGACAACAUUCUCUUCGGCAUCUCCGACCCCAGCUCCGUACCAGAUGAGAAGAUCCAUCAGGUCUGCCGCGAUGCCUUGAUACACGACUUCAUCACCUCUUUACCUCAAGGAUACGAUACUGACGUCGGUCAAAAAGGCGUGGCCAUGUCGGGAGGUCAGAAACAGCGCAUCGCUAUAGCACGAGCCCUGAUCCGUGACCCGAAGCUUCUUCUGCUCGACGAAGCAACAUCAGCACUUGACUCAGAGUCCGAAAAGAUUGUUCAGACAGCAUUUGAGAGGGCACGCAAAGGAAGAACUAUGAUUGCUGUUGCUCAUCGGCUUUCCACUAUCCAGAGUGCUGAUGUCAUCUUCGUGUUCGACGAUGGUAAAGUCGUGGAGAAGGGGAGCCAUGCUGAACUUGUAACGAAACGAGGUGUUUAUUGGGAAAUGUGUCAGAACCAAGCUCUGGACUAGUGCGCCCCAUGAGCUUGGGUAAUCUCAACUUCAUGUACAACACGUUAGCGAAUCUCUGCUUCUUACUUUCUACAUCAUCUCUAUAAUGACGCCACAGACUAGAGAUAGUUAUCAAAAAAAUGUCUUUGAGAAGGUUGACAGUGGCUCUCCUUCAUCAGAAUAUUAUCGUGCUCUGUUUCAGCCUAAGAACGAGGUUUCAACGCUGGAAGUGGGGUACUAGACGUCCCAAAUAUGACUUGCUGUAUACUAAGCGAUCUCAGGAUCCGGUGUCCAGGUCCACAUGUUCAAACCAAUCUUCUUCCCUGAGAUCACCGGCAUACCCGCGUGUCUCAGAGCCGGAUGCGGAGUCUCACUGUGAGGUAUAAGAUUAUACCAAUAAAUCGCAUUUCCAGCCAUCGGUUUGAACGAAACACCCUUCUCCAUCGGCUCCUCGCAAUCAAUAAAUUCACACCACUCAACUCCUCUCGGCCUUUUCAAAUCAGGAAAAUUAG